AUGCUACGACUAUCUCGUUUUAAGGCAUAUCAUAUCAUAAGCAGAGCCAUGUCAAUCAGGCCAACAUUUGCAAAUGAGUCGCUCUUUGAACCGGCUGCAUUCAUUGACGGGAAAUGGGUGAAGAGUGCAGAAGAAUAUUUUGAAGUGAGCGAUCCCGCUACUGGCGAAGUCAUCGCUACUUUGCCAGAUCAAGGCGUAAACGACGUGAAUCAUGCAAUUGAGUGUGCAUCAAAGGCGUUUGCCUCUUACAAAAAUGUUCCACAUGCUAAACGCGCGCAGUUGUUGCGGAAUCUGUACAAUUUAAUGAUGGAGAACGUUGAGGAUCUGGGUAAAUUGAUCACUUGGGAGAACGGUAAGCCAUUGGCAGAUGCAAUUGGCGAAGUGAAGUAUGCAGCUUCUUUUUUUGAUUGGUAUGCCGGUGAAGCAGUUCGCAUCUACGGUACGACUAUUCCUGUUGGAUUUACUAGGAACAGGGCCUUUACUAUAAGACAACCGGUCGGGGUAUGCGGUAUUAUAUGUCCUUGGAACUUUCCGGCUGCGAUGAUUACCAGAAAGGCGGGAGCCGCUUUGGCGGCUGGGUGUACCGUUGUUAUUAAGCCAGAUGCUCAAACUCCCCUUUCUGCGUUGGCGCUUGCUCAAUUGGCGGCUAAAGCUGGCUUUCCGCCCGGUACUAUAAAUGUUGUUCUAACAUUAAAAAGAGUGAAGGAGAUUGGCCUAGCUCUUUGUAAAUCUCCUUUGGUAAGCAAGAUUUCAUUUACGGGAUCCACUGCUGUAGGUAAAAUUCUUGCAGAGCAAUCUGCAAGCACACUAAAAAAGCUGUCUUUAGAAUUGGGAGGAAAUGCGCCUUUGAUUGUGUUUGAGGACGCUGAUAUCGAUCAAGCUGUUGAUCAAGCCAUCGCAACUAAGUUUAGAAAUUUGGGUCAGACAUGUAUUUGCGCUAACAGGUUAUAUGUUCACCGCGCGGUUAUUGAUGAGUUCACAGAGAAAAUAGCUGCCAAGAUUAGAAAGUUCAAGUUCGGACAUGGUCUACAACCUGAUGUCACUCAUGGCUGCUUGAUUAAUACGGCAGCUGUUGCAAAGGUUGAAGCCCAUGUAGAGGAUGCUAUUAAAAGAGGCGCAACUGUUGUCGUUAAGGGUGGUCGUAUGCCAGAGCUUGGCGACACCUUUUAUUUCCCAACGGUCUUAACUAACGUCGAUCCAGAGGCAAGACUCACAAAGGAAGAAACAUUUGGCCCUCUUUGUGCAAUCAUUCCUUUCGAUUCCGUAGAGCAAGUUGUCGAAUAUGCUAACAAUACGAGAUUCGGUUUGGCUUCGUAUGUGUUUUCUAAAAAUAUUGAGACUAUUUACACUGUAGCUGAGACAUUGCAAUCAGGUAUGGUCUCGUGUAACACUGGUGUGUUUUCCGAAUGUCCAAUACCAUUUGGUGGAAUAAAAGAAUCCGGUUAUGGCAGGGAAGGUUCUCUACAUGGUAUUGAAGAUUACACUAACAUCAAAACAAUAGCUAUUGGAAACAUCUCUAGACUCUAG